UGAGUGGAUCGACCGCGGCCAGGGGACAGAACCAAGCGGCAGCAUGACAAUCGGGCAUCACAUGCAUCUCACAUUCACCGCCGAAAACACGCCACUUCAACGGAACCCAUGCUGCCCUGCAGAUCUAUCCGCUAUGCAUCUUCCGUCUAGCUAUCGACGUCUCCACCAGUGAGUGUGUGUCACGAUGGUCUCUGACUUGCAGUGAGAUGAUCCACCACAUACCGCCGCAUCCACUCAACCACGUCCUGCACGACACACACAGCAAUCCAAUCCCUGCCUAGGCUGCACUGCACACUUGCGUUUGCUUGCUACAUGUGACCAUUCCCUUCACCCAUCCCUCCUCCCUCCGUACAUACAUUGUCUUGCUGUGGCCAUGUGUCUUCGUCGACUGGCGGCGUGGGCGGUAGCAUCCACCCCCGCCACGGACCCAUCCCCGACGUGUCGGACAGGGUGGCGCCCGUCUGCAUCUUGCGCCUGGCCUCUAGGUACUGCUGGUUGUGCGCCAAGACGGCCCGCCCGAACACCCAGCAGCCGUAGGGGUGCAGGUGAAACGCCAGACAGAUCACCCGGCUGUAGCGAAGCCAUAUGGCCAGCCGGCGGCGGCCCUCCACUGUGAACGGCACAUACUGAAAGAAAUAAAGGAAGACAGACAGAACUUUAUUUGCUUGAACAGUUCGAGUGCGUGCUGCGUAACGUACGUCUUCUGUGGUCCGGGGCGCCAGGCACAACCAGUCGCGACACGAUACCUCCUGAAUGAAUCGCCGCACCGCACACAUUCUGUGUGCUGAAACCCAGGCAGGGGUCGUGUGUGUAUCUGUGCCUGCCUACCCAUAUGGUGAGUAGUUCGUCAAGAGUGACGUGGUCCCGAACCAUCAGCUGUGUGAACCGCGCCGUCAGCAGCGCCAGAGUCAGCACACGCAUCUCGAGACCCCAAUACUCGUCAUCACUCCAUCCCAUAUCCACUCCAUCACCCACACCCACAGCAGCGACUCUCGCACCUUCACCACCAACUGACGCCCGUCGCAUCGCUACCUUGGCAGCAGCAGCCGGUGUCGGUGUGUCUGCUGCCGUGCUGCCGUUGGUGGUGGCUGUCGUGGUGUUGUCGCGGCGGAGUGCGGUGCGUGUCUGUGUCUUGGUUGCAAUGGGUAGUGGGCCGUGUUUGAAGAAGUGGUGCUUGUAGAAGAGGUGUAGGCAGAAGUGCAUGACCCACACGGAAGGGGGCGAGUGGUCGACGAUGAUGCCGGGGCCGUUGAAGGGGCAGAUGUCCAGCUCGGGCAGGCCGUUGCGGUAGCCCUCGGGCGGCCGACGGCACGGCAGCAACGGGAUGGGACGCUACACAUACAUGAAACCAAGAAAUAUGUAUGGGCCAGAAUGGCUCGUGGUGUGUUGUGUGUCUGGGGGUCUGUGUUAGUGCUGGCUGCCUACCCUACCCGCUUUGGGAGUUUGGGUGGGGUUUUCAUUUGCUCGAUGACCUCCAUUGAGAGCAUGUCCAGUGUGGCGGCCGUCAGCAGCGCACACGCGGUGCUCUGGAUGCUCUUCUCCUCUGCGAACAACAAUGUGAACACACUCACGCAUUGCAUUGCGACCCACCCACCACAUAAUGUGUCAUUGAGUGAGUGUCUGUGUGUCCUUUCGCACCGUACCGUCCUGUCUAUAAGGUUCGAGUUGAGGGUCGAGGAGUAUGUUGAAGAGCGUCGGCACCACACCCUCCGUCUCAACCCAAUCGCUCCUGAUGGAAUUCAAACACACACAAUGGAUGGAUGCCUCCCGCUCCUCCUUGUCUAUCUGUGUGGCAGCCCUCGCUACUUACACGGUGAGGGUCUCGAGGGCCGGCAGGAGGUAGGUGUAGUCCUGCAAGCGGAGUUCGGCUGUCAACGCCCCCAACACCUUCAGAAACUGCACAAAUACGCACACACACAUGUCUGCUCAAGGGCCGGAUCGUUCGUCUGUUGGUCGGUGUGCGCGUGAUGUCUUUCUUGCUCACGUCCUUCUGGAAGCCCUCUGGCUCUGCAGCCAUCCACACGGCCACUGGCCGCACAGCCAUGCCGAUCUCAGCUCUGAAGUCCGACGGCGGCCGGCGGCCCUCGCGGAUCUCCCCAAAGAACUCAAACAGCACCUUGAGGCACUGCCGCAAGCCGUCGAAGAUGUCACUCUGGUAAGACACAUCGCACACAGAGAGAGAGGGGAGCGCUGGGUGCUCUGUGUUUCUGUGUGUGGGCCGUUGUUGGUGCUGUACCAGGUUGACGUCGCUGUCUUGUGUGUCAGUGCGGUCCAUGUGUUGGCAGAGUCGGUCGACCCCCCGUGCGAUGGCCUCCACUAGCCGCAGGGCCACGGCGAGGCUCUUCUUGCCCUGCGGUGUGAGCGGCUCCAGCAGCACGUUGUCCAGCUCGAUGUGCAGCUCGACUGACGCCAGCUUCAAUGCCAGACGCAGCAACCCACCGUGACCUGACACACACACACAACACAAGCAGUGUAGAUGUGUGUGUGUGUGUGUGUGGAUGCCACCCCUACGUCUGAUGAGAUUGUCUCCGUAAUUGUGUAUGAGUUGGACCACGGUGUUGAGGACAUCGCACCGCUCCUUGUUGGGCAGACGGUUCUGAAGCAGCACCUCCAACGCCUUCAACGUGCCCUGCACACACGCGCAUACACAUACAUUAUACCGGCACAAGGCAUCAAUCAAACCAGCCACACACCACCCCUCCCCUCUGUGUUCGCCGCGCGCCUCGCCUCCCUCUCACAAACCAAAGCCGCCCUCGGACUCACCUCCAGUCUAUCUACGAAUCUCCUCAGCCACUGUGCUUUCUCAGCGGCUUUCUCCAGCCAGCCACCCAGGACACCCGCCGCCAUGAGCGUGCUCUCGUCCUGCCGCCGCACCAGCGUGUCCAUCAGGAGGUCGCAGUACUCAUCGACCACUGUGUCAGUGAGGAGGGGCAACAUGUGGCCCCACAGCGACAUGAUGUGCUUCAUGGUGUCUACGGGCAUGCGCUCCACCCCCACCUGCUGCACCUUGCCGACGAUGGGCGGGCACAUGACGGCGGGGUCCACACACCCGUGGCCGCCCGGGAGUGUGGAAGCCUUGCACAGGCAGCUCACCACCGCCUCGAAGGAUAUCGUGCCCUCCACCGAGGCACGCUGCACCCUCAUCAGCUGCUCCGAUGUGCCACUACUACUGCUCUGCUGGUCCUCCUGGUUGGCCGCUGGCUGUGUGUCCAUGACAAGGCUGGCCGGGAGGCAGUCGACGAGCUGGGGGAUGAGGGUACCGAACUUGAUGCGGGCGUAGUUGUCUGUCAGGAGGCCGUCGAGCACCACAGAGCAGAUGGCGGCGUAGGUCCCGCCCGCCCGGAGAAGGCGCGCAAGGAAGUCGCGGUGGAUGCCAGACAUGAGGAGGAUGCGCUGAGCCUGCAGACAGACAUACAGGGUCACCGCACCACCAAACCACACAUAACAUAACACAGUCCACAUGGACGUCGGUCGUGUCGUCUGCACCUCGUUUCUCAUCCACUCCGGCGGCAGUGUGGUGGUGAGCACGAGACCCAGAAACCUCUCCUCUGUCAGUCCAUCCAAUCCACCACACACCACACACAGACACAGACACGACGGGGAUAUGCAUGCACACGCGCCUGCGGUAGCCGGAAAAAACUCAGAUCUGUCUGUCCCGCCUACCGUCGUUCUUGCCGUCGAUGAGCUCCAGGACCUUGUCAGGCGAGGCGUACCCGCCCGGCAUACACCCUUCCAGCAUCUUGACGAGAGUCUCCUCAUCCGGCACUCGGAUGUCGCCAGAGGCAUGAUCCUCAUUGUCGCUCGAAGCAGACGCCAUAAUCUUCUUGUCUUAACGCCGUAAAGGCCUCCUAUCCCCGGGGGAUGGUGAGAUCUUC